AUGACUUAUAUGUACGAAACUCCUCAGUACCAUAAAGUGCCAUUAUCAUCAAAAGUCAACUCUAAGUAUCCACGCUAUAAUCUUUAUGUCUAUGGAGAAGGCUACUAUGCAGAUUCAUUAAGACGACUCAAUAUGCAUGGCAUUCCAGUUCUAUUCAUCCAUGGAAAUGCUGGUAGCUACAAACAAGUCCGUUCUUUAGCCUCUGUUGCACUGCGCAAAGCUGAGAAUAUGGCUUUUCAUUUCAACUACUUCUCUGUCGAUCUUAAUGAGGAAUUUUCAGGGAUGAUGGGAGGUACACUCCAGCAACAAACUGAAUAUGUCCAUUACUGUAUUAAGAAGAUAUUCAGUUUGUACAAGAAAGCUCGUAAUCCACCUUCCUCUGUUGUUUUGGUUGGUCAUUCUAUGGGAGGGGUCAUUGCCCGUGCCUUGUUUUCAUUACCCCAAUUUGCUGCUCACCAUGUCCAUCUUAUCAUUACACAGGCCACACCUCACCAACAGCCAGUGGUAUCUCUGGACAAUUACUUGGUGAAUUUCUAUAAGAAAGUGAAUCAUUACUGGGCCGAAAAUAGUGACACUGUGCUGGCUAAUGUAACAAUUGUGUCGACUGGAGGAGGUGAACGGGAUUACCAGGUACCUACUUGGAGUACAUCUCUCAGUAAUAUUGCUAAUGAUGACGUGUCAAUUAGUGCUGCAACAACGGCUGUCCCUUUUGCUUGGGUCUCUACUGAUCACCUUUGUGCAGUUUGGUGUCGUCAAAUAGUCCUUAUUACCAACAGAGCCCUGUUUGACUUGGUUGACCGUACCACUAACCAGAUCACAAAUAAUUUAGAUUUUAAAAAGCAAGUUCUCCAAACCCAUUUUCUUGAGCAUCCAGGAAAAACCCGUCCAAUGAGAUCCUGGAAGACAUCAAUUGAUAUUGAUCCUGAGGCACCAUGGAUUCUUCAAGAGAAAUCAUCUUGGAAUUAUCACCAAAAGCAGGUUUCCAAAGUGAAAUAUUUGGUGUCUCCUAUUCCUGUACCUGGAGAUAUGGAGUUGGAUCACUUUACAGCUGUCAGUGAUGUGCUUGCUGACUCUUGGAUCUGUGCCUGCACCUUGCCUCAAGGACAAAAGCGCUGUUCCAAUUGUACAAACCUUUCUCAGAAAGGAAGAGCUCUUCUUCCUAAGAAAUCCUACAAAAAGUAUAUGAUAUUGAAACUAUCUGAGUUAUCAGCUUACACUCACAUUAUUCUCAUUGUUGCUGCAAACAGCCCAAUGUCUGCUAUUAGUGCUGAAUUCUACUCCAGUAAUCGUCGACACUUGCUGAGUCCUCUUCCCUCCUGGUUCAACUUACCUUUCACCUUCUCCCAUAAUGCAUUGUAUUAUCAGAUGAAGUUCUACAAGAUGGAUUCUGUACUUAAAGCUUAUACAUUUUCUCUCCAGCCUUACAAUUGUCAAUCCAGAAGUAAUGAUGAAUACGCUGGCAGUGUGAUUGCAUAUAAAUUACCCUGGGCAAAUGUGGCGAAUUAUAAAUUCAUUGAGAAAAAUAGUGCAGGCAACUUAUCAUUUAAACUGUUAGUACCAAAACCUUAUAAAAGCCGGUACUCAGACCCUGAGCUUCAACUUUUUCUGAAUCCUUACUGUAACUAUCGUUUACUUGUGGAAUGGUCUUUAAUCAUGUCCCUGGGUCAGGAAUUUGCUUCUAUGGGCACAGAACAUCAUAUCUUUUUUGCUAUUUUGCCGAAAGCCUUUUUUCUCUUAUCUAUCUAUCCAAAUCCAUAG